AUGAGACCGACCGUUCGCUUAUACAGGGUCGUAAACCUCGAAGCCAUUCGUGGUCCACAGGGUCCAGCGCCCCCUCGCCCCGCGACCGGCUCCCAGACCCUCCACCUACCCGCAGCCACCGGCUUCGCCCGCUUCCACGGCGCGAUAUCUACGGAGCUUCCCAAAGACCGCCCAGAGAUCCAGCGCACAGGCUACGCGGCCUGGAGAACUCCCGAUCGCAAACGAACCGUCUUUGGUCGUAGUUACUGGGACAUCGACCCAUACGAUUACCUCGCCAUCCGCAUAAAGUCUGACGGGAGAAGCUACUUUGUCAACGUGCAGACGGACUCAAUCGUACCUACCGACCUACACCAGCACCGCCUUUUCGCCAAGAGACCCGGCGAGUGGGAGACGGUGCUGAUUCCUUGGAAUGACUUUGUGAGGACGAACCACGGCAUGGUCAUAGAACCCCAGACCGAGAUCCUGAGGCAAAGGUGA